GCGGUUAUACAGUUAGAACCUGGAGAGCUCUGGCACUCUCGAAUUGCCCAGAAAUUAUUCAUCUUCUGUAAUUUCUUUCCUACUGAAACCAGUUUUCUUGAUUCGAUUCUAGUAUAGUUUCUGGAUAUUGUGUGUUGAUCUAUCAAACAAUUAUAUAAUCCAUUUGCAUGUUUGGAAGCACUAUAUUGAUCAAGAUAUUGACCAAGUUCUUAAAAAGUGGCCCUUAGUCUCAUCUACCAUAUUUAAUUAUGGUGGAUACAAAAGGAACUUAUGCGGAUGUUUUGUUUGGCAACACAUACAGAACUUAUGUUGAAGUUAGGUCAUGGAUAAAGUGAAAGUGUGAAAAGAUGGUAUCUACUAGGAAUCAAACUUUUGAUCUCCUACAAGUCUGUUUUACUUUGUUUUGGCAUCUUCUGCAUGUAUACUUCAUGUCUUUCUGGCUUAGUUUGUUCUAUGACUUUUUAUUAUGUAAGCAAUUCUUAGCUGACAUGCUUCCAUCUUUUGUGCCGUUUCUAUGAUAGAGAACUGCAUCGGAUCUGACAAUGGACCAUCUUCUGGACUGCACAAACAAGUUAUUUAGAUCCAAGGGACAUAACAAGUGUUUCCCAGCUAAAGUGAAGAUCCUAACAGCAGUACUGAAGUUCAUUGUUGAUGCUAUUUCAAUGGAAUUUGCUCACCUAGAUCCACAUACCUGUAUGAAGUUUGCCCUGGAGUAUGUACAAUUUAUCUCCUCCUGCUUCAGAAAGUAUUCCCUUAACCAGCUUCAAUUAAAAGAAGAAGGCAUGCAUGACACACUACUGUGUGUAAAUAGUUCCUUCACAUAUGGAGCCAAGUUAAUAAAUCUUGUGCUAAAGAAUCUCUUUGAUGCUUCAACACCACAAUUAGUAGCUUAUCAUCUCGCUAAUGAAUUGCUUAAUCUCACAGUUUGCAUUGAACACAACAUGGGCCAUAGCCACGCAACUCGUUUAUUGUCUGCUGCUAACCCUUGGAUACCCGAUUUAAUUCUGGCCUUUGGAUCCUUCCACAUGAUGAAUCAUCAGAUUGCAGUAGACAGUGAAAGUGUUCUUCCCUCCUGGCUUUCUGUUCUAGCCAGAAUAGAACUCUUUGAACUACAAGGAAGUGGUUCUGAUGAGGAGCAAACUGAAACAGUUACUAAAGAAACAGACUUCCUUGCAUUCAAGAAAUUAAUGGGUACGGUGGUCAAGAUGUUAAGAGCCAACCAUGGUGUACUGGAUGGGUUUGGAACAACCGUUUUGAACAUUUUGUUAAUUCGGUUGCAAAGUAGAGACUUCAAUGUGGUGUUAGGAUUGCUGCAUUUCAUCUGUGUGAAGUUGAUCAAAGAUGAUGAUCUGAAGCAGAAUGAACUUAAAAAGAUGUUGGCAUCCCUCCAGCAGAUAAACCAUCAAAUAGAGUCGGAAAGUGAAAAUUCAAGUAACAGUGAGGAUGAGUUGCAGGUGUUGCAGAGUGCAAAGACAUUCAUUGAAUCCGUUUUGAACUGUUCAUCUGAUUCUCCAAGGAAACAAUGAAACAAUUGUAUUUACUUGAAUGUAACAAUUGUAUAAUGUUUCUACUCUCUCUACACACAGCAUAGCAUAGGUGCUCUAGAUUUUUUGUCAACACUACCUUAGUUUACUUUGCCGCUUGAAUCGCUUAAUUAAAAAUGUGGCACAACUCUUUGGUUGGAAAUGAUUGAAAACCACAUUAAAU